AUGGAUGCUGACGCCAUGGGGACGAUGGAGGUGGCAGUGCUCGGCCGACCUUUCAGCCUCGGGAUGCUGUAUGACUGCCGUAAAGACUCACCCAUCCCUGGCAUGACAUUGUGGGACCUUAAUGACCUGAAAAAUAAUAUACAUGAAAGACCUCAGCCCUACAACAAUUGUGAGAUAGUUGCAUCUGAAUCAAUUGCAGAUAAAUCUUCAGCAUUAAAUAUUGAAGGAUCACUGAAGGCAAGUUUCUUAAGUGGACUAGUAGAGGUUGGAGGAUCUGCCAAAUACCUGAAUGAUAGUAAAACAUCCAAAAAUCAGGCCAGAGUAACACUGAAGUACCAAGCAACCACAAAGAUGAAGGAACUGUCAAUGAAUCAUCUUGGAAGAGGUAAUGUGAAGCAUCCGUAUGUCUUUGAUCAAGGAAUAGCAACACAUGUCGUCACAGCUAUCCUUUAUGGGGCACAAGCCUUCUUUGUCUUUGACCGUGAGGUGUCUGAUGAAGAAAGUCAUCAAGACAUUCAGGGCAACAUGAAGGGGAUGAUCAAGAAAAUUCCUAAACUCAUAGCAGAGGGGGAACUUUCCAUCAAAAUGAACGAUAAGGACAUUGAAAAGGUGGAGAAGUUCUCCUGUAAAUUCCAUGGAGACUUUUUGCUGAAGAAAACUCCAACAACCUUUCAGGAUGCUGUACAAGUCUACCAAAGCCUGCCACAACUGCUGGGAACCAAUGGAGAAAAUGCUGUACCAAUGAAAGUCUGGCUGCUGCCACUUGUGAUUUUAGAUUCAUCAGCUGCUAAACUCGUACGUCAGAUAAGUUUAGAAUUAGUGGAGGAAUGCCAGAAUGUCCUGGAGGACUUCACUGAGCUGGAAAUGAGAUGCAAUGAUGCAAGAAGAACCACCACUGCACAGCAGUUCCCACAGAUUGGUGACAAACUUAAAACUUUUACACAAUCUUGCACCAAAUUAAAACGGGAACUCCAACAAAACUUGGCAAAGAAACUUCCAUCAAUCCGGGGAGGAGGGGAAAAGGAAGCUGAGCUGGCAGAGAUCCUGAAGAAGAGACAUUCUUCUCCUUUCAACAACACAGGCCUGAACGAGUGGAUGGGCUGUAAAGAGAGAGAAAUCUUCACUUUACAGUCUUUCACCAACAAGAUGAAAAACACCCAGAUUGUCUCAUCUCAGAGUCAUCUGUACAAGGAAACUCUGAGUGCAGAACCUGCUGUGUGUUUUGUUUUCACCUCACUGGGUGAGGAACCGUACCUCUCAGCUUUAUCAAACUACUUAAAAGAAAAACCCAAACCAGACGACCCUCAAGAUCCACGUUGUCAUGACAUAGAGAAGGAACAAUGGUACGCCUCUAAAGAAGUAUCAGAUGCAAUGAGGAUCAAAGCAAAGCUGUUCAGUGAUUUUGCAAAAGCCAACAAAGAGAAUAAGAACAUAAAGUUCCUGACAGUGGGUUUAACAAGUGAGACACAGAAAGGUUCAAGCAUCUACCUUCAUAAAGACGGCUUUACUGUCAGUGAGAACUUUGAGCCUCCUUCAAAGCCUGAAACAGUGACAGCAGGUGAUGUAGCCCACAACAGUGUGACACUGAAGAUAUCUCCACCAAGAUUUGGAGCAGAGAACAUCACCUCCUACUGGGUAGAGUACUGUGUCAGUGGAGAGGAUGGAUGGAAACAAACAACAGCAGCAAAAGCUGAAGAAGUCACAGUGAGCGGUCUGACUCCUAACACAGAGUAUAUGUUCAGAUGCAGAGCAGUGACCUCAGUAGGUGUUGGACCAGCAAACCCAGUCUCCGGGUCUACGUCUCCUCCAGUCCACUACAAUAAUGAGCAGAUCAGGAUUGUGAUGAUGGGGAAGACUGGAGUUGGUAAAAGUGCCUCAGGAAACACCAUUCUGGGAAGGCAGUGCUUUGAAUGUAAAUUUUCUGCUAGAUCUCUGACUACUAAGUGUGAAAAGGCUAAAGGUGAGGUGGAAGGACAAAAGGUUGCUGUUAUCGACACUCCAGGCCUGUUUGACACCUGGAACACUGAAGGGAAAACAGAUAAAGAUAUCCGCCAGUGCAUUAGUUAUGCUUCUCCUGGACCUCAUAUCUUCCUGAUUGUCAUCAUGGUGGGCAGAUUCACAGAGGAAGAAAUACAGACAGUGGAGAAGAUUCAGGAAAUCUUUGGUGAGGAAGCCAACAGAUACUGCAUGGUUCUCUUUACUCAUGGUGACCUGCUGGACGGAAUAUCUAUUGAGGAGUUCUUGGAGUGCAGCGAAGAUCUGCAGGAACUUGUGGCCAAAUGUAACAACCAGUACCACAUGUUCAAUAAUAAGCUGAAGGAUCGUUCUCAGGUCAGUGAGCUGCUGAAGAAGAUCAGAAAUAUAACAGAGAAGAACAGAGGAAAUCAUUACACCAAUGAAACGUUCCAAAAGGCAGAAAGAGAUGCUAAAGAGGAGAAGCAAUGA